AAAGCAUCACACACUCUCUCUCCUUCUUGAUCAUUUAUGCACUCUUCUAUAGCUUUUAAUAAGAGCCUUUUUUUUUGUUUGUGUCAAAAAAUGGAAGCCAAUGAGAUUUGGCAUUGUUUUUCAUCCUCCACUUUAUUCCUCUCCAUUUCCCUUUGAUUUCUCUCAAUUUUCACCUCACAACAACUCUUCCUUCCUUCACUUAACACACUUUCUCUCUGAUAAUUUUAGCUUAAAUUUUGAAUUUUUGAAAAGAAAUGGUGUGGAACAGAUCAAGAGCAGUGAGAACCAAACAAGCCCUAAUGUCUGAUCAAACUCCAUUAUUCCUCUCUCCCACCAAAAACCCUAAUUCCUCCCCAAUUUCCUCUUUCUUCAAUGGCUUCCUCUUCCCAAAAUCCAAUCUUGAAUCAGAAACCACCAGCCCCACCUCAAUUCUCGACCCCAAAAUCCCCAAUUACCAAAACCCCUUCGCCCUCGACCCACCUCCCCCGCCACCGCCGAUGCCGCCGCGCCACCACGACUUCGAAAAAUCGAUUGGGCUAGCCCUAAUCGACUCGAUCGCCGACGAUUUGGGCGGCGACGAUUGCCGAUUCCCGAAGCCGAUUAAUCGGCUGGCGCUGAAGGUGCAGAUUCCGGAGAUCAGCAGCUCGAUUUCGGCGGCGGCGAGUGAGCAAUCGCCGAGAUCGCCGGCGGAUUUUGGGAUCAAGACGCGGGGGUUGCAGGUGACGAGCCCGAGCCCAUUCGGCGGCGGAGGAGGGAAGGGUUUUGUGCGGCAGCUGUCGCUGAAGGAGAUGGAGAUGUCGGAGGAUUACACGUGCGUGAUCAAGCACGGCCCCAAUCCAGAAACUAAACAUAUCUACGAUGACUGCAUUUUGGAUAAUCAUGAUCCAAAAUUGGAUCUUUCGCAGCCCCAAAUUGAGGAAUCGAAGGAUUUCUUCGGCUUUUGUCACGCUUACAAAGCUGCUCUUCAAGAGGAUAAAGAAAUUUACAUUUACAGAUUGCAGCGGUGAGAAAGCAUUUUGUAGCCAAGAAUGCCGCAGCAAAGAAAUGGUGAUGGAGAAUCCAGGGGCAUUUUAGGGAUUUUGGCCACAAACUGAUGUGAAGAUUUUUUGGUGUUUGAAUCUUCUGAAUUUUUGUUGCUUCUCUUUCUCCCAUUGCAUAUAUACAGAUAAAUGGGAGGCAGAAAUCAUUGCUUCGAACUUGUAUCACAUUUGAUGAAUGAUUUUUGGCGAUUGAAACAUUUGUAAGAAUUGAUCAGUGGUUAAUUAAAAACAUUGUAACUUAAUGAUUA